AUGGCCCCGUUGCCAAGCAAGCUUGUCCUCCUCCUUUCCCUGGGGACACUGCUCCAUCAGACGGGUGCUGCACCUCAAGCACAGCAGUCGAAAUGCGCUAACUGCGGACAAACGACCGUAACUAGCGCUGUUACUGUGUGUAGCUCGACGCCUGGAGGUGGAGGAGGCGGCGGCGGAGGUGGCGGAACCCCGACCCCAACCAUGCCCAUCGUGACUCCAACUCCUUCUAGUCCAGGUGGAGGUGGUGGUGGUGGAACUCCAAGUCAGCCUGGAGGCGGAGGGGGCGGAGGGGGCAGCACCCCGAGCGUGAUUGUACCAGUUCCCUCUGGACCAGGUGGUGGAGGUGGAGGAGGAACUCCGAGUCAGCCCGGAGGCGGCGGAGGAAGCGGAGGAGGUGGAGGAGGUGGUUCUUCUACUCCAAGUGUGCCUGGAACUAUUAUACCAAUUCCUUCUGGACCCGGUGGAGGAGGCGGUGGUACUCCUAGCCAACCUGGAGGCGGAGGCGGUACUCCCAGUCAGCCAGGUGGAGGCGGUGGUGGUCCCGGUCCCGGACCUAGUACUGUGACCGUGCCCGUAACAAUUGUUCCAAUUCCUUCUGGACCAAGCGGGGGCGGAGGCGGAGGCCAGCCUCCCGGAGGAGGUCAGCCUGGCGGUGGUGGUCCUGGAGGUCCCGGUGGUUCUGGCGGUCCUGGAGGUCCUGGAGGUUCUGGCGGUCCUGGAGGAGGUCAACCUGGCGGAGGUCAGCCCGGUGGUGGUCAACCCGGAGGUGGUGGACCUGGAGGUCCCGGUGGUGGUGGCGGUCCUGGAGGUCCUGGAGGAGGUGGUGGCCCUGGAGGAGGCCAGCCUGGAGGAGGUCAGCCCGGUGGAGGCCAACCCGGAGGUGGUGGUCCUGGAGGACCCGGUGGUGGUGGCGGUCCUGGAGGCCCUGGAGGAGGUGGUGGCCCUGGAGGAGGCCAGCCUGGAGGAGGUCAGCCCGGUGGAGGCCAACCCGGAGGAGGCCAACCCGGAGGUGGUGGACCUGGAGGACCCGGUGGAUCUGGAGGCCCAGGAGGCUCUGGCGGUCCUGGAGGCCCUGGAGGAGGCCAGCCUGGAGGAGGUCAACCUGGUGGAGGUCAGCCCGGUGGAGGCCAACCCGGAGGUGGUCCUGGAGGACCCGGUGGAUCUGGAGGCCCUGGAGGCCCUGGCGGUCCUGGAGGCCCAGGAGUCAUUCCCGGUUGGCCAGGUGGCCAACCCGGAGGUGGUGGACCUGGAGGUCAGCCUGGCGGUGGCGGUCCUGGAGGUCCUGGCGGUGGUGGAGGUCCUGGUGGUCCUGGUGGUGGUGGCGGUCCUGGAGGGGGUCAGCCUGGCGGUGGUCAACCUAGUAAUCCUGGAGGGGGAGGCGGCGGCGGCGGAGGUGGUGGUGGUGGUGGAGGCGGCGGCGGAGGUGGAGGUCCUGGAGGAGGGCCUGGUGGGCCUACCUGUUUAUGUCCGUGCCCAUGCACAGGCGGAAACAAAUCUCCAGAAGGACCUGGAGGCUGGGGCGGACAAGGAUGGAGUGGCAACGGAUGGAACGAACAGGGAUUGAAGGUUUCAGGUUCAGGCGGACCCGGAUGGCCCGGACAUGGAGAGAGCGGCGGACCUCAUGACGAAGGAGAGAACAAGGGGAAACGGCAACUCGCAGGAGCAGGCGCGUCCGGACAGGGUUCUAUUUCCGGCCAAAAAGAUUCCGAUAAGAAGGAUUCCGACAAGAAAGACUCCGAUAAGAAAGGUUCCGACGAGGGAGAUAAAGGCGACGAAGACGACGAAGGUCAUGGAGAUUCUGGAUACGAUGAUCUCGACGCCAAAUAUCCCAAGUACCACUGCUACAAACACCCUUACGACAUCCGCUGCAAAGACCCCAAAUGGAUUGGCUAUAUAGAUCCGAAGGCCCCCGACUAUGACAAGUACGCUCAGCCCGGCUACAAUGACCCUGGCAGCGGAGGCGGGUACAAUGAUGCUGGCCAUGGCGGCGGUGGUGGUGCUGGCGGUGCUGGCGGUGCCGGUGGCUACAAUGAUGCUGGCCAUGGCAGCGGUGGUGGUGCUGGCGGUGCUGGCGGUGCCGGUGGCUACAAUGAUGCUGGCCAUGGCGGCGGCAGUCAACAUGGAGAUCAGGGCCAUGGGGAUCAAGGACAGGCUGCACCAGCAGCAGGUGCCAAUAUUGCCGGCGCUGGAGGCGCCCCGGCCGGAGCAGGACUUGGAGUUGGGGUUGGAGGUGCAGCGGGGGGUGCAGGGCUCGGAGCUGGAGCUGGAGCUGGAGGAGCCAAGGGCGUCUUGGAGAGCGGACGGGACUCGUCCACUUUCAGUUCCACCACAAAAGCAAGCCCGACCUCGUCGGCGGACGCAUCCUCUACAAGCGAGCUUUCUUCCACAAAAUCUUGGGACUUCCCGACCAUCAGCCCCAAGCUCUUGCGCUGGUGGUAG